AUGUGCCAAGCUAAUGAAACAGUUGUCACUGAAUUUUUACUUCUCGGAUUCCAAAAUCUGAACAACCACAAGAUUCUACUCUUCGUCGUUUUCCUGAUAGUUUACAUUGUGAUUUUAAGUGAAAAUUUUGUAAUUAUCCUGCUUGUGUCAGUGAGCCACUAUCUCAAGCACCCUAUGUAUUUUUUCCUUAAGCACUUGGCCUUUGCUGACAUCUUGUCCACAUCAAAUAUUAUACCAAACCUGCUACAUGUCAUAUUGAGAGAAGGAAGUCAUGUUGUGCCAUGUCUUUGUAUAUUCCAGUAUUACUUUCAUUGCUUCUCUGGAUUUUCCCAAUCCCUAAUUCUCAUGGUUAUGUCCUUUGACCGGUAUCUGGCAGUAUGCAAUCCAUUACGUUAUACGUCCUUCAUGAAUUUUGAGCAAUGUCUACGUUUGGUCAUUAUGUCAUGGGCUGGAGCAUUUAUUCUCAUCUCAAGUGAAAUCAUUCUGAUGUAUCAAUUGCAGUUCUGUGGUUCAAAAACCAUUAACCAUUUGUUUUGUGACUUUGCACCGAUUGUUGAGCUUUCGUCUUCUGACACUACCAUACUCUCUUGGUAUGAUUUUUUACUAUCAAUGUGCUUCAUAUUUUUUCCAUUUGUACUUGUUACUGUGUCAUACAUCUAUAUUUUUAUCACCAUUCUAAAGAUAUCCUCUAUCACUGGAAGAAAGAAAGCCUUCUCUACCUGUAGCUCUCAUUUAGCUGUUGUAUGCACGUACUAUGGAACACUGGUUGCUGUAUAUGUGCUACCGUCUGGAGAAAAUUCAUCAAAUGAAAACAAAUUUAAAUCUCUGUUAUAUAUUGUGUUGACCCCUAUGAUCAAUCCCAUUAUUUACAGCCUAAGAAGCCAGGAGAUCAUGGGAGUCUUGAAGAAAUUCAUUCAUACGGACAUCUGGACAAGUAAAUCAUAAACAAAAUCAAGGUUAAUUUGGCUAUUAUGUUUUUGGA